AUGAAGAUCAUCACACUCAUUCUUUUAUUCACCUGCAGAUUUUGCAGUUGUGUGGAUCCUCCUGUUCCUAGCGGUAAAGAAGCAGAUGUUAAAAGUGGACCUAAGGAGACUGGACAGAGACAACUACCUCUAGCACUUCCACCAGGUGGUUCACAUGCCAAUAGACACGGUCCUAAUGCUCAAAGGACUCCACUUCCUAGAUCUGGAGGACUCAGUCUGAAUGCUCCAAGAGCUACUUUCCCAGGAGUAAAACCUACUGUCACACAAACUGCAGUUGGAAGGGGUACUACUAAAGUAACCGUAAACUCCAGGCCUAAUACUCAUCCAAACAUUGAGGAUAUUGGCGAGGACCCGGAAGAAGAUUUAAAGCAUGUCAAGGCAUAUCAUGAGAUUAGACAUGAAACUAUCAAUACUACUCCUGAGGUAACUAGUACUACAGUGCCUAAAGAACAACCUUUGGAGCACAAGAUGGACAUGACUUUGGUCACUGUAGGAAAGUCUACUGAGGGCACUCUUUCAGUGGUUACCUAUACAGCCAAGAAAGAUGCUCAUGUGCCCCUACUCCUGCAUGAUAAGAAGCUUGUUUGGAAAAGUAUAGACAGCAUGAAUAACAAGGAUACUCUGGUAAAGGCAACAGUCUACCUUGGAUCUGGCGGACCACUAGCUGCCAACUUGACAUACAAGAGAGUCACGGAAAGCACUACAAAGGAGUACUGUAAACUAGUAAAGGAUAAGUGGACCUUUGUUGACAAAAGUGCUCUUGAAAGGACAUUUGAUGAGGUUGAAAUACCCGGUAAUGCUAAUGCAUCUGCUUAUAGAACAAAGAUAGACUCCACUCUCUUUGACAUACAGGUGGGAAAAUACGAGGGAAUACCAGUAUUAAACUGCACUGCCAAGGAGGGUGUAGAGGUACCAAAACUUGUUUACGAUGGUAAAGUCGUAUGGGAAGCCGAUGAAAGUCAAUCUUGUUCAUCAGCCACCUUCUACUUUGGAAAGUCUGGUAUCAUUGGUGUAUCCUUUACCUAUGACAGUAGAGAAGAGACUCUCCAUGACUGUUUCCGUGUCUUUAGCAACGACGAAUGGGAAGGUGUAAAUGGUGACUAUUAUGAAAAGGUACUUUCUGAGGCCAAGAAUCCAGAAACUUCCAUAGAUACUGCAUCUGAGGAUACUAAAGCCAAGAGCUUCAUUGACACUACCAAGUUUACCGUAGUUAGUGACAUGGAGGAUACAGUCCCAGUCCUAAAAUGCACAGCUGGGAAUGGCGCUUCUAAACUUACCUAUGGAGGUGAUACAAUAUGGACAGGGAAGAAGGAUGUGAUGUGUCUCUCUGCUGUCCUGUAUAUGGAUGGAAAGAAGCCCACUCUUGCGGUACUUGUUACCAGGGAUAAUAAGAACAAGGAAGGAAAAGUCUAUAGAUACCAUGAUGGAAAGCAGUGGAAGAAUGGUAAAGAAGAGGACCACAAGAAGAAUCUGGACGCUUUAAAGACAAAAGCAAAAAAUCAUCCUAUAGCUAAGCAGUCACCUGUUCAACUAACUCCCAAGCAAGGAGUUCAGGCUAAGCCAGGAGAUGCUCCAGUAAAGACAGAUGAGCAGACUCCUCAGAAGAAACCACAAGUGAAUGCACAACCGGCUCCUCCUACCACUAGUAAGUUGCCUACUCAGCCAUCCAAGAGAGCUCCGGUAAAGGAGACACUCCUUGACAUUGGUCGACCAGAUCCACAAAGCUAUAGAUCAUUUGACUAUGCACUGGAUGAUGUUCCAACUAGACUCAUAGUUACAGUGAAGGAACAACCAAACAAGGUAGUACUUGGACAAGAAACUCUAUGGUCUACUGGUGGCACUGGAAGAUGUAACUACUGUACCGUCCACAUGAAGGAUAAUAGGCCAGUGCUAGUCUACAUUUACGGAAGAUCCUUCUCAUUGUACCUACUAAAGACUGAUGGUGGAUGGAAAUCCAUUGACAACUACAGUGAGGAGUUUGCCAAGGUUAGACUUGCCGUACCCUCAACAUCCUCAUUCUCCCUUGACAUCUCUACCAACCAGGAUAGUCCAAACUGCAGAGUCUUUGAUACACCCUUCAAUAAGGUAAAUACUCGUUUCUAUGUUCCAAAGGCUGGAAGGUAUGCCACUAGUGUUUCUCAUGGACAAGCUGUACUAUGGAGGGGAGACAAGGAGAGAGCAAUCCUGGUGAGACUCUACCCAUCUGAUAAUCCUACCUUGUUACACGUGCUCUCUAAAGACACUAAUGGAGCAUUCAAACACAGCUACCUUGUCAAGGGUGCCAAUAAAUGGGAGUCUAUUAAUAAGGACGUUCACGAUAGACUACUCUCUGAAAUCAAGGCUACUGCACCUGGUAAACAUACAGACGUUGGUAGGCUCAGACAAGAACUGAUGGAGUCACAGGCCUCUCUUGAUAAACUGGUAGAGUCCAAGAAAUUUACAGACUGUGAUGGACCAGAGGAUCCUUCCAUUCUUGACAUUGUCCACUAUGAAGAGUCUAAUGCCUAUACAGUUACCAACUGCACACUAGAUGGUUAUCCUACUACAGUCUUUAUUCCUGACAAUGGCAGCAUUAAGAAGGUAGUCUAUGGAAGUCUUACAAUCUGGGAAGGUACUGAAAAGGAGGAAUGUAAGUACCUAAUGGUCCACUACGUCUACAAUAUACCGGCAUUUGCAUACCUUAUAAAAGGGUCAGACAAGGAUAUAGAUUUAUACUUUGCAAACAAGGGAGAUAAGUGGGAGGGAAUCCAAGCAGACUACAUUAGGAAACUUAAUGGACUUCGUAAGGAUAAACCAGAAUCCGGGGAUUACACAAUUAACAUCAAUAAUACUACUAGUAACGAUAAGUGCAGAGUUUAUAGCUACACAAUAGAUGGUAUACUCACAUACUCAUACUAUCCAUAUCCAGAAGUUACAGUGAAGAAGAUAAUGGAAGGAAAUAAGGACGUUUGGAAUGGAACUGGAAAUGAUGGAAAAGCUGAUGCAAGAUGUCUUUACUUGGCAGUCCAUUAUGCUGAUGAUAAACCUGUGUUGGCAUAUUUUGUAACAUUGGAUGGAUAUAAGCUUGAAUAUACAUUUUACAAUAGGGAUGAAAAAGGUAAAUGGUCAAGUUGCUACGAUUAUGUCUAUAAAGACAGGUGGAGUGAACUAAUUAACAAGAAAGAUACAUCAGCUGAGGGUAAAGAAAUAUCAAGUAUGAGACAGGAAAGACUCAAAAAGGUUGCACAUGUUAGAACUCUGGGUAGAGAUUGUAUACUGGAUAUUAAAGAUAUAUCUCUUCACGAGAGAUACAAGAUUAUAAAGGCCUUUAUAAACAGUAUUCCUGCUUUGGUAUACAUUCCUGGACCAACUUUUAACUUAAAGAAAAUUAUUUUAGAUAAUAUUAAGUUUUCCCACAGUCGUCUGGGAGACCAAUUUAAAGGUUUAUCUACAUUUCUGAAGGAUAAUGAACCCUCAAUACUGCAUGUAACGGGAAUUUUUAGCACAAAAUCUUUUGGCACAAGCACUUUCGAUGCAUACAAGUGUAUAGAAGACACAAAACGAGAUUGUCUUCUUGCUGAUGUUAAAGCCUUAGAAUCCUACAAACACUCCAAGUUCAUAUUCUCACUGGAUAUAUCUAGUAGAGGAACUGAUGGAUGCAAAUUUGUAAGCUUCCGUCAUGAUGGUGUUUUAACUCAUUCCCAUAUGGUUAAUGCUGGAUAUACGGCCAAUAUGAUUACUGAUGGAAUUAUAGUACUUUGGAGAGGUGACAAAGGUGAAAAGUGCCUAUAUACCCUUACGAGUUUUCUGGAUGGUAUUCCUAUCCUACUUAACAUGUUUGUGAGACUAUCUGAUGGUACACUUGAACAUUACUACUUCUACAACAAUGGGGAAUGGACAGUUGCUAAUAGUCUGGACUACAAAGCUAUACUGGAGGACCUUAUUGAUACCAUUAAAUCUAGGUUGUCUGAGUCCAUUGACAAAGAUACCAGGGAAGUGCUCACUCUAGAUGUUGCCAAGGUAGACACUAGCAAGUAUACCAUGGAGACUACAAAGUUGAGGGUACUUACCAGCAUAAAGUAUAGUCCACCAGAGAACAGCCGUGUUACCAAGGUUGUCUUUGGCAGUGACUCUCUAUGGCAGACUCUCAAGGCUGGUGUACAGUGUAACUUUGCCGUCAUUACCUAUAGAGGAAUAUCCAUAGAACUUGCUCAACUGUGUAUUAUGGAUGGUUGUGAAAAGUAUAUGCACUUUGAGAUGGAGGAUGGUAGACUAAGUAGCAUUACAGCUGAGGAAUACAAUGAUGCUCUGUCAAGACUAGAUUCUGGAGAUGGUGAAUCUGAUGAAGACUUUGAAUUCAUUCUUUCUACCAUAGAUACUCUUGAUCUCAUGACUCCAGCUGAAGUGGACUUUGAGAUUGAUAGGUUCCAGUUGGAUACCCUCUCUUCUGUAGUCUACCUACCACUACAUAAACAUACCAUUGGCAGAGUAGUACUUGGUAAGGUAUUAUGGACAAGUGGUAAAUCCAAGUGUCUCUAUGUCAGUACAUUCUCCACUGAUGAGUCCAUACAGUUAGUCCAGAUAGUCACUGAUAAUGAGACUAUCCACUUUGGUAGACUGGACAAGGAGCUUGUAAAGGUACCACAGAAUAAGUAUGAUGAACUCUUUGAGAAACUAGGGUACAGGCAAGUUGACCAAACUCCAUUCUAUGUUCCACUUGAGGUACCAGAUACACCCAGCACAAUCUCAUUGGAUGUCUCAAAAGCUCUAGACUCCAGAGUUCAACCUGAAAAUGGAACCUUCAAUGGAGUAUCUUACACUACCUUUUACACAUCAGACAAGGAUAUUAUAGACAGGAUAUCCAGUGGUAAGCUUACCGUAUGGGAACCUGAAGAGGAUGAGGUCUGUGUCUAUGGUCGUUUCUAUCUGGACAAUGGACCCAAGCUUCUCAAGAUCCGUACUGUUGGUGAGGAUGGAAGUAACAUUGUACACCUUGCUUUGGACACUGAUAAAUGGAUAUAUCUCAGUCAGGAUGUAUUCAAUGAUAGACUUAACUUGAUGGUCCUAAAGUUGACUGAACCACUCAAGUUUGCCUUGACUACCACAACUGAUGGAUACUAUGAAUACACUUUUGACUUGAGUAGAUACCACCUAGACUCGAGAUUUAACUCUGGUUUCAUGACAUAUCAAGGUCACAAGUAUGCUGUUUGUACUCCCAAGAAUGGUGUUAUAAAGAAGGUAGUUCAGGGUAACAUUACCAUAUGGACUCCAUCUUCAGAUGACUACUAUGCCAACAUGAUACUCCUCUUAAGGGACACGAAUCUCCACAUUCUUGUACGAUCAUCAUUCGACAUUCCUGCCAUACUAUCCUACCGUCUGAAGAACAAUGUUUGGAAUAUGGUAAACCAUGAAGUUAUUUCUACUGACAUUACUAAGACACUACCGAUCCCAUCCUUCAGAUUUACACUUGACCUAACUGGAAAACAUGACCCAGAGAAGUACAGGGUGUUCAAGAUGGACAUAAAUGGUGUUACUACCACAGUCUUCAUUACCAUCUACGGAUACUACUUUGACAAGGUGGUCUCUGGUAAGGACCUCAUUUGGCAGUCGUCUGAGAAUGAGGAAUGUAGAUAUCUAAUGUUCCAUGACAAGCCUGGAAAAAACCCAUUUAUAACAGUCUUUGUGGACUAUAUGGAUGAAUCCAAGUUCAUGGUCUAUGAGAUGAGGGACAAAUGGACAUUCUCCCACCAGUUACUCGGACCAAAGAAUGACUACAAGACUACUACUCCUACUGUAUUCAACCUAAGUGACAAGACUCAUCGGAAUGUGUACUUCUGUGACAACGUCUUCAAUGGUAUAGUACACAGAGCCUUCUCACCAUUACCUGGCUACCAUGUUCAGGAGGUAAAGGACACUGAGACUACCAUAUGGCAGGCAGAGGAUAAGGAGCAAUGUAUAUUCAUUCUCUCUGUACCAGGUACUGAUAAGAGUAAUACUUCACUACUAAGUCUCUUUGUGAGGAAUGAGGACUACUGUGGUUUCAAACACUUUGAGAAGACUGAUAAGUGGAGACAUAUUGAUGAACGUGGUUAUGACAGGAGACUCAUUGAGAAGAAGCAAGCUAACAAUGUGACUACUACUGUUGCCAUAGCUACUAUACCUCAGUACAAGAAUGCAGUUACUCUUGACACAGCCAAUGUUGACCAUGAUAGGGUUGAUCUCCAUGAAGACUCCUUGAAUGGUGCCAGAUUUCUCUACUCUGCCAAGACAGGGGACUACUUUAAUAGCUUAUCGGACAAUAGCAAGAGUGUUUGGAAGAGUGACAAGGACAAGUGUAUUAGCGUAACCAUUUAUGGAAAGGAGGAAAUGCACUGUCGUCUGGAUGUGCUCUCUUCGGAUGUCGUAACUCCAGUGUACUUUUGCAGAAAAGCUGGCAACUGGUCCUCCACUAAUUACAAUACCUUCCAUGACUGGCUAAGAAACUAUGUCAAGACUCCUAGAAUUAAACUUGAUCUGGAUAACCUAGACGCUAACUUCUUUGAGAGCUUCAGGUAUACUCAGAACGGCUAUGAGAUACUGUAUGGAAGACCGCUACCUGGUUAUGUACUGACUACAGUUGUCGAUGGUUCUACAGAAGUUUGGGAAGCCGGACAUAAUCAAUAUGCUACAGAAUUCCAGAUAUCAAUCAUUGGUGACUAUACACUCUUAUCCAUCAUCAACCACUCCUACCAGGUUGAGAAUCUCUGCUUCCUAAAGUCUUCAAACAGUUGGUCACUCAUUGAUGAGGACGUAUAUGACCAGUAUCUAGUUCCUGUUAAUGACUCUGAAAGGGUACAAGAUACGCAGCUUGAUCUAUCAAAGCCAGACUUUUCUAUCGUAGUCGGGCAUAAGGAUGUGAUGGGAGAUAUUACAGUGCUGAAAUAUACUCCACAUCUGGGAAGGCAUGUUACUGCAGUCGUCUUUGGCGAGUCUACCAUAUGGUAUAGGAAAUACCAUGACGAAUAUUGCAUUUCAUCUGAGCAUAUCACCAAGGGUAACUCUACAUUCAUUAGACUACUCCUCAAGAUGGGCAGCUCUUUUGAACAUCGCUACUUUACAAAGGUGGAAGGUAGAUGGGUUACUCUCAAGGAAGAUGAAUUUAGGAAUAAGCUUGGUAUACAGAGUGUAGAUGUAAAGAUUGAUGCAAAGUCUAGUCUACAGGAUAGUGAGUCAGACCCCAAUGUCUAUACACUGGAUAUUUCUGGAGAUGUAGACAGGGAUAAGAUUACUGCUACAGAGACUACAUACGAGGAUGUCAAGAGUGUUACAUACUCACCCAAGUUUAUUGCUGGAAUUGGUAGGAUAGUAGACUCUGAUGGCAUAGUUUGGAUGGGAGCUUCUGACCAAAAAUGUGUUACUGCCGUUAUAUCCUCAAAGGAAGGAUAUGAUUCACUCAUUAGCCUCUCCAUCAACACUGAUACUGAGGUGCGGUACAAGUACCUGGUUAAGAAGGACAAGGAAUGGUAUCUCAUUAGAAAGACCAAGUAUGAUGAGCUGUUGACUACAAUGUAUAGAUAUUCUCUUGUAACACAUACGGAUACCACUUUUGAUAAUCCUAUAACUCUAGAUAUAUCGACCAAGCCUACUGGAGAUCUUGCCUUCUAUGAGUAUACCUAUAAUGAUGUCAUAUACAAGACCUUCAAACCAAAGGAUGACAGGUCCAUUUUGGAAGUUGUGGAUGGUAAAAGCGUGUUAUGGAAGAGCUCAUCUGGAAAAUGUAUCAAUGCUUGGACCUACUCAACGGAUGUAUCCUCUCUAUGUCGUCUCGACAUUCUUUCCUCUGGUAUCAUUACUCCUCACUGCUUUGAGAAGAAAGGUAAUAUCUGGAUAUCACUGGAUUUUAGACGAUAUACUGAAAAGCUGAAGAAACUUGUAAGAUACAGAUCCACAGAGAUCAGAAUUGACUUUUCUGGAAUCUCUAGAGAUCUUGGCACCGUAGUAGAAUAUUUUGAUGCCGGAGUAUUAACUACCACAGUAAUUCCUAGGUUUAAAGUUACAGGUGUAUAUCAUGAUAACAAAAGGAUAUGGGAGGCUGGAAAUAAUGAAUGUAGUUUUGCACACUUUGCAAGUGAUGGACACAAGCAUUUAUCUUACCUCUUUACACCCACUAGCCCUGGUGAUACAACAUCUGUAUCCUUCAAAUAUGAUAAUAUGUGGAUAAGUACUAAUCCUUAUAAUUUUUACCGUGAUUUUUAUCUGCUUGAUCCUCUUCCAAAAGGAGUAUUUAAUGGUACACUAGUUGAUACAACAUUCGAUCUCAAUAACACCAGUGAACAUGCCUUUAGAAUUUACAACUACAGUGACAAAACAGUCACUAGAUUUGAAUAUCAAACACCUAUGAAUGCUAAUGUUAAAAGGGUUAUAGAUGGAGCACAAAUCACUGUCUGGCAAGGCGGUGAUGAUAGAUGUUUGUCAUGUGAAGUUUACUCAAGAGAAGGUUAUUCUCAGGUACUUGGAAUGGUGAUAAAAAACGAAUAUCGUAUAUUUACCAAGUAUUUCGAGAAUAAUCGUGAUGAAUGGAAUGAGGUCAACUGGGACACAUUUAAAACCAGGCUAGCCUCUAUGAGCAACAAUUCACGUUUACAGUUGCUAAAGGAUAGACUUGUGGAUACGUCUGAAAAUUCUGAUGUCUUCGAUAGAAAGACUUCUUAUACCUCAGAAGAAAUAAAUGUGCUUUAUUUAAACCAGUGGCUACUAAGUCAUGUACCUCACUGGGUGCUGGAUCAAUUCAAGACUCUUUGUCAAAAGAAGAAAUGGUGGUCUUCUAAAUAA